AUGGCCACUCCUGCAACCUCCUCUGCCCCACAUUCUCAAGAGACACUUUCCUCCCAUCCAAAAAAGACCUCCCCUAGGAAAAAUGCUAUUACCUCCACGUCUUCACAGAAACAGUACUCCCAACCAUCAUCUCCCGUCAAGACCCCUACAAUUCAAAAGGUCACUCCUUCCACUUCCUUCCAUUCCUCAACCCCUCUCAGUAGAGACCCCAGCCCUUUCAGACAACAUUUUAUUCCUUGUUCCUCUCCCAGUCCUUCACCACUUAAACCACCCCUUAACACAACUGAAAUUCCCCCUCCUAUUAUAGGAGAUGUUGGCUCCACCUUGACAUGUGUCAAUUCUGCUUCCUGUUCUCCUGACGCAUUCAAUUCAGUCUUUCCCGCGUCUGGAUUCAAUCUGCUUGGUUUCAUCUUAUUCUUGUUGGUGAUCUAUUUUCAGCAGAUUUGGUUGGUCUCGGACCAGUGUGUGGAGCUUUCACCGAGAGGUCGUGUCUCACCGAUACUACCGCUGGACUUACAACGACCACACCAAAUAAGUAAAUUUCCUCCCCCUUGUGACGCCCUAUCCACACCUCCAUCAUCUGUAACCAACUCUCACUGUUAA